AUGAAGCAGGUGCUCAUAGUCGCCAAGCAGGGUGUGGCAGGACUGACCCGAAUGCUCAGUCACAGUGCUGUCUCUGGAGCUAUGGGGGCUGCGAACUGGCUGAGAAAUCUUGAUUCUCUUGAGGGGUCCAUCCAAAACCUGCUGUCAGUGCUGUACCCGCCCUUUGAGGCCACCGCCCCCACUGUUCUCAGCCAGGUCUUCCAGGUCAUUGACAGUCGUUAUCAGGGAGACGCCUUGCGGUGCCUGCUGGACUUUCUGGUCCCAGCCAGGCACAUCUUAGACACUGUGCAGCAGGCUGCAUGUGCUCAAUACUCUGAUGCACUGUUCCUCUGUGAGGGCUGGCCUCUGUGUUUGCGUGACCAAGUUGUCAUCCAACUUGCUCCCAUCGACCCCCUGCUUCUUCAGCCUGGAGACUUUUACCUCCAAGUGACACCGUUCUGUGACCAAUCAGCUCGCAUUGUGGUGUGCAGCCUGCUGGAAGAGGAGGGGCUUCAAGUGGAACUAGUCGAGGAGACCCCGGUCCCUGAAACUUCCUAUCCUUGUAUAUUCAGCCUUGACUGGUUAGAGGAGAUCAACCAGGGCCGUCAUGGAACGCCUCUCAGCCGGUGCCUGCUUGUCACUGAGCAGGGUGUGGUGAGGUUACCAUGGGAACGGGUGGCUGUGCCUGAUUUUGUGGACAUAUCACAAAUAUGUCCAGCGAAGCACGGUAUUGCUGUGUCACUCCGCCUUGUGGAUACUAGCAGUGCUUCUUCAUCCAGGCUGGUCAAAGUGAAGGAGACUGAACCAGAGCCAAAGCCUAUUGGGUCCAAUAUGUCUGGGGAAACUGGACCCUCAUCCACUCUUCACCAUUCCCAACCCCAUCAUCCUCACCCUGACUCCUUUGAGCCUUCGCAAUGUAUCCGCACUGUCCGCUUCUCAGAGAAACCCUGUACUCCGUGCAUGAGGAGGAGACAAGGCGGACAGGUUUCCAGAGCUCAGGAGCUGAGGUGUCGAUACAGGGAAUCCUACCAGGCAGCAAUCCAAAACCCUGUCACCUUUGGACAGGGGACAGAGAGUGGGAAUAUGUUAGCUGUGGUGGAGGAGGAUGGAGAUUUCUCAAAGUGUGAUGACAGAAAGAGGCCACCAGAGACUGAAACAGGGGAUCCAUGGUGUAAUGCCCAAGGAAUGUGGUGUGAUCCUGGGACGCAAAACCAGUCCUCUUCCUCUGUCAGUGGAGCCAUCUGUAAGGAGUCAGGAGAAAAGAACACUGUUCCAUAUUGGAAAACAGGAGAUACAAACUCUGCCCCAUCGGUGGUGGACACCUCAGAGAAAUGUGAGGUGGUCAUUGUUGAAGGUCAAAAUGUCAGGAGAAGAGAAAACACUAACCCCUGUGCAGAGAUUCCCCAGCUACAUGUCGUCAAGUGUAAGAAAAGCACAGCCUUUGGACUGGUUUCACCCAAGAUCAACAGGAGGAAGAUGACCAUUCCAGAUGGUGCUCAGACUGUCAAUACCUCCAUAAUCAGAAAUGGCCUUCAGAUGGAGAACAUCUCACAGAUGGUUCUACCUCCAGCUGAAGAGACAGAGAAGAAAUCGCAGCUUUCCUCUGCUCGUCCCAGACCUGACCACCUCCCCCUGGGAUCCCCAGACCCCAGUGCCCACCCUCUCUAUUUAGGAGUAUCAUCUCUCACAGGCGGCAGAGAUAGGGCAGGCAGGGCAAUAGUUGAGCUCUAUGGAGACCACCAGGGAUGGAGAUCAAAUGUAACAAGCCAGGAGCUCUUCCAAAUGCUGCUCUACUUCUACUCUAUUAUCAGGAGAGAAAUCAGAGAAUUUGGGCUGACGCUCAUUUUUGAUGCGAGGAAGACAAAUCCUCAACCACAGGUUUAUAAGGCCUUGAUGACACUUCAGGAGCAGACUCCACAGGCAGUGAACAGUUUGGUGAUGCUGGUGGACAAAGAGAGCAUCCUCCAGCCAGAGAGGUGUCCUGGCAUCCAGACUGAAGUGGUGACAUCGAUGAAAGCUUUGUUCAAAGUGGUGGAAGUGAGUUACUUGAGCUCCCGUCUGGAUGGAACUCUGUCUCACAGUUACUGUGACUGGAUGAAGCUACACCAGAAACUCUUCCCAUUUGUAUGUGAUCUUCAUGAGGUGUCAAGUCUACUGCUGAGAGCCAUCAGUACAUUAGAGGAGCCCCAGAGAACAAACACUGUACAAACUGUGCAGCAGUGUAUGAUGGACCAGAGGACUCUUAUGAGCGAUGUACUGGGGGACAGCCGAUUGGUCAACCUGCAGAGGGAGGGCGGGGCCAUCCUGGCUCGGCUGAGGAAGGAGAGUGACCUCAAAUACCCUCACUGCGAGGACCUCAGUGAUGCAGUGGACUCAGUGACCAGCCUUUACAACCAUGUGGAGGAGCUGGCUCAUGUCCUUGUGCAGAGGUCCAACAUGUCUCUGGAGCACCUGGAGUAUCUACUGCAACUCAGAGAGAUGGAGGGACAUUUCACACAGAUGCAACAGUGGUUUACUGCAGAGGGAGAGCGCCACCUGCUGGAAGCUGAAUCAGUCGAGGACUCUGGAGACCGAAUGGAGCAGAUUCUCAACAGCUUCACUGGUUUCCUUAUUGAGGCUAAUGAUCGCAGACACCAUGCCAUGUCGUUAGCAUCAGACGCAGAGCGGCUCCAGCAGAGUGGGCUGAACUACCCAGAAACUGAGGCGUUCAGGACUCUAGUUUGCAGCUUCAAGUCAGGCCUGGAGGACUUCCUGUGUAGGGCGGAGGCGUGCGGCAGGGAGCUGCAGAUCAUGGUCAAUGUGUGUGAUUUUUGUGAGCAGGCUACGGCUCUGGCCAGUGAAUGCAUUGAGUACCUGGAACAGAAUCAACCCAGAAUCCACACAAUGCAAGACCAUGAUCAAAAAGCAACACCUGUCAAUCAAACAAACAGUCAGCCUGUACAACAUCAAAACCAAGGUCAAGGCCCAAGCAGCGUCUCCCUCUCUGAGUCUGAUAUUCACGCAACACAUGGCUCUGGCACAACAACCGACAGUGUUUUACCGCCAGGCAACAACAUUUCCAUUCUUCAGACUUUUCAAGACAAGUUCCUCCAGUUCAGCCCAGAGAGAUUCCAAGAGAUGAAGACCCAGGCCAGUGCCCUGCGGAGCUCCAGGGGAAUGCGGGUCUGGAAUGCAGCCUGGCUGAGAUGCCAGGAGGCCCGGCAGCAGCUUCAGGAGAGGAUGCAAGAAGUGGAUGAGGUCUACCACCAACAACCACAUUCUGGCAGCUGGUGUGAACGUCACUAUGUUGACGUGGUGAGCACUAAUGUUCAGACAGCAUCGGCCAGUGGUCAGAGUCUUGUGGUACAAUCAACUCCUGGGCCACGACACCCGCAGUGGGAGGGCAUUGUGUCAGGGACAGUGGAUUUAGGAAAGAGAAAGCCGAUCUUGGGCAGCAGCAGCACUAACUCAACAACUGUAGCCUGCUGUAACAUCAGCAUCAAACCUGAGGAUCACAGUGAUGCUGGAACCAGCGAGGGGUCAAAGGUCACUCCACAGUCACCUCGCAAGUCAUCAAAGAGAUCAGAAAGAGAGACGAGGAGGAGACAGACGAGCAGAGCAAGGAGUGAGAGAGAUGCCGCUGCUCUGUCUCAGUCCCACACUGUUGGCUGCCAGUGGUUUCCAUGGGGACGAGGUCUUAGAGCGAGGUCGGUGAGCCAAGACUCGUGUGCCACAGGAGUAGCGACAGUGGGAUCGUCCACUCCUCCAGAGCAGCGCGUUCGAUCCCCAUCAUCCUGCUCCCACCACGGUCAGCCAUCUUGUCGGAUCCUCCAAGAGGCUCAGAAGUUUCAGAUCUCCCGCCAUGGCAGCUUCUGCUCAGAGGACUCCUGUAUGAGUGACCGGGGGGCUGCUGGAGGCAAUGGGACUUCAUGCUGCAAACAUUCCAGCUUGCCCAUCGGGGGAUAUGAAAAGGGGUUUUGUUUGGCAAGUCCAAAGGAGAGUGCCAGCAAUGCCCAGAGGUUGCAGCGUGUCCUGGAGGAGCUGGUGUUCACAGAAAGGGAGUAUGUCCGCUCGCUGGGCUACAUCCUGACCCACUACCUCCCUCUGCUGGAUACACCAGACAUCCCCCAGGACCUCAGGGGCAAGCGAAGUGUCAUCUUCGGCAACCUGGAGAAGCUUUACGACUUCCACAGCCACUACUUUCUACCAGAGCUGGAGGCCUGCCAGAGGGAGCCCGCCAUGGUGGCCCGCUGCUUCCUCAGACAUAGUGAGAGUUUUGGCUUGUACGCUCUGUAUAGCAAGAACAAACCUCAGUCAGACGCCCUGAUACUACACCGUCGCCAUGACAUCUUUAAGAAAAAGCAACAGGAGCUCGGAGACAUGAUGGACCUUUCAUCGUACCUGCUGAGGCCAAUCCAGAGAAUCAGCAAAUACAGCCUUCUGCUGCAGGACAUGCUGGCUCUGUGUGGGUGCACAAAUGAGAGGGAGCGGGAGAGGGCUGAGAUCCAAGCUGCUGCAGAGCUGGUUCGCUUUCAGAUGCGCCACGGUAACGAUUUGCUCACCAUGGAUGCCAUCCAGGACUGUGAUGUGAAUUUGAAAGAGCAGGGCCAGCUGAUUCGCCAGGACGAGUUCACAGUUUUCUUUAGAAAGAAGAAAUGUGUUCGCCGCAUCUUUCUUUUUGAAGAUCUCAUCCUCUUCAGCAAGACCAAGAGAACAGAAAUUGGAAAUGACGUUUAUGUCUACAAGCAGUCGUUUAAGACAAGCGACAUUGGUAUGACCCAUAACUCUAGUGUGAGCAGUCUGUGUUUUGAGAUCUGGUUCCGCAGAAGGAAGAGUGAGGACACCUACACUCUAAAGGCCUCCAGCAUAGAGGUGAAGAAAGCCUGGAACACCGACCUGGAGAGGAUUCUGUGGGAUCAGGCCGCUCACAGUAGAGAGCUGCGUAUGCAGGAGAGGGUGUUCAUGGGAAUGGGCCGCAAACCUUUCAUGGACAUUCAGCCUAGUGAUGCUGCCAUCUGUGACCGAGCUGUCAGCUGUACUCUGCCUGGGAGAAGUAAGGAGGGCAUAGAAUAUACACGACCGCACUCCAUUGGCUCUGGCAGCACCGCCUCUACCACCCUCAGCCAAUCAUCUUCCUCCUCGGGCCGGGGGUCCCUGCCACCCACUGGUUAUCCUGGGAACCAGUCACAGGGAUUGGAGACCAGUCCUGCCGUCUGCUCCUCUCCCGAGGCUGUCACUGACAAUGAACUCAACAACCAUCAUCUUCAUCUUCAUCAUGACUGCGAACGCUGGAAAUCAACCCAUCACCCUCUGAGUGUCUUGGACAGCACUGAUUCAUCUGGAGAAUGCGUCAACCCCUUCAGCAGCUCAGACCGCAGCUGUUUGUCUGCUCUUGGUGGAGAGGUAGUGGACGACUCCUCCUCAUUCGUAUCCCAGAGUUCAAAGCCCCGCCCGUCACUUUGUCGGACCCCCAGCUUGAGGAGAAACAGCUCGCCAGCAAUUACCAGAAAGAAACCAGGUGUUGCCCCCAAACCUCCACACCUGGGUGAUGCUCAGGUACAGGUGAAGGUGUAA